UACUUAGAGCGCGUUGUCGCUUACUACAUAGUACAGCCCUACCCUCCUAAUACUACAGCCAGCCCCAUCAGCCUCGCUCAGCUGCUUCUCACCAUCAUCCUCCAGUCAAUCUGCAAGCACCAAUCACGCUAUCUAGCAAGAUAAGGAAAACUACAGUCAUGAUCAAUGCAGAAGUAGAACACAGGGAUGGUUUGUGUCCAGCAUGCAGAGCGCUUGACAAGAAAUUCAACACUACGCCCCAAUCUGGAGAUGAGCAGGUCAUGUCCUUUUUCAAGGACUCCUUGUACCAAAACUGUGUGUCCUGCAAGACACUGUCUGAUUACUUCCAUUCCGAUAAGCUUGUUGUUGCUCUUUUUCGUGAUGGGUUAGGGAAUGAGGAAACUCAAUCAGAGUCUUCAGAAGAAUUGAUUGAGCCAUGCGCCGAGACGUCAAACGCGAAACCUUUGAGCCAGAUCCUUAUGUGGGACUCGGCUAACCCAAUACAUGACCAUACAUUCCUCCCAGCGGAAAACCAUAUAUCCAGGCGUGGCAAAUCUGCGCCAGCGGACCUGAUCCGAGCUAAGCAAUGGCUCGAGAGUUGUAGAUCAAACCAUGCAUCUGAUGACGCAGGUGGAAGGACAUGCACAGUUCAGCCAGUGAGGAUGAAGGCGCCGCUGAGCAUAAUCGACUGCAGUACACUGCAGGUAAGAGAACUGAUGCCUGGCGAGUCUUAUGCGUGCCUAAGCUAUGUCUGGGGUAACAUAGCUCCUGCAGAAGUUGCAUUCGGUUCGCAAAUACACCCUGGAAGUCUUUCAAAGACUAUUUCGGACGCCAUGUAUGUGGCUGAGCAGAUUGGAAUCCCCAGAAUCUGGGUCGAUCAAUACUGCAUUGUACAGCAUGAAUCCAUCGCAAGGAAUGAAGCGAUUGCAUCAAUGAAUCUGAUAUAUGGCGGGGCAGAAGUCACUAUUGUCGCAGCAUCUGGCAUAGAUGCUUCGCAUGGUCUAUCCGGUGUUCUGGGAACAGAUCGUUCAGACCUAAUUCACACAUCUGUUACUUUAGGGAGCCGACAAUUUUUUGAAGAGCCCAUCCAGAAACAGCUGGACCAAUCGCGUUGGAACAGCAGAGGCUGGACCUUCCAAGAAGCUGUGUUGUCUGCACGUGUCCUCGUGUUCACUGAAAGACAGAUGUAUUUCCAAUGCAACAAAGCUCAUCAUCUCGAGCACUACGGAAACGAAGACCCAUUAAGCGGCCAACGAAUAUUUCCCUUUAUAGGAACCGAUCUUCGGCCUCUAGUAACCUUCUCACUCCUAAUAGAGUACUUUUGUAAGGAACUUUCAUUCGCCAAGGACAGUCUCAAAGCGGUAGAGGGAAUCUUGGAAGCCUGCGGUAAAGAUCGAUCGACGCCAUAUCACUCCAGACACUUUUACGGCAUUCCUUUGAUAUAUUUUACGGAUGUCAUCAAUGACAAAAUAUACUUCUUGGCGCAGGGUCUAGUUUGGUGGACCUCGCAUCAGAGUACGGACACUGGAGUCGAAGAAUCCCUCGCUCCUGACGAUUGUGGACUACCAUCAUGGACUUGGGCAUCUCAAAAGUCGAGACCUAAAUCUUCUACCACGAAACUGAAUUUCUGCGACCUUAACGCAUCAUGGCUUAAUUUUCAAGAGCUGAAGUGCCACAUCACGAACCGUGAUGGGAAAAAUAUCGAUGUCUUCGAAUUUGUCACGUCAUCUCUUCCAGAACAUUAUUCAAAUUACUUCCCUUGGAUUGAUAUCACUUCUUGGAUCGUUCGGAGUCAGAUCACUACGUCGGAUCUAGGAGAUUCCAAGAAUACUGUCUUUGGUGGCAUGGAAAACGCGAGCUUCAAAUUUGACGAAGGCAUUCCACAGAAUGACGAGACGAUUACGGCAAUAUUUAUAGCUACCGGUGAAGCCUGGACGCAGAGCACAGAUUCAGAUGGUGGUCUUGUCUUCCUUCUUAUACGUCCAACUACGCCAAAUACAUUUUCUCGCAUCGGGAUAUGGCAUCUGUGUGAGGAAGCCAAGUCUCUUUCCCUCGACGAGGUAGUGGCAGAUCCAGAGCCUACACUUCUCGAAAGAUUUACGGAAGACCCAGAGAGAUACUUGGAAUUGUGUGGGUUGAGCCACGGUGCUGUAGUAGAGAAAAAGACUGUGAGGCUGGUUUGA